CAUUAUAGAAGAGUAUCCAACCACACGAAGCCCUCUAGAAGUGGCAGGUCCUAGGACCAAUAGAAUCUGGCAUACUCGUGUCACAACCCUGGGCACAGUUCAACACAGCUUCCCCCCCUCCUACCCUGUCCCUCGGUCCUCAAAGAACUAGCAGGCAAGGGGAGUGGAUCUUUGUGGCAAAAUUCCCAAGAACUGCCCUUGUCAGAGCUAUGCAGCAGGGCUCCCAACACCAAGCCCAUUUCAUCUGCUCUUCCACAAUGGGCACCCCUUGUCCUAGGGCCAUGAUACCUGCCAGAGGACAGAGAGGCAAGCUGUCAGGUUAGCAAACACCAGCCCGGGCUGGUGUAUGGCUCAAUGGAAAAUGCCUAUCAAGUACAAGACCCUGGGAAUUAUGCCCAACAGUCCAAAACAAAACAAAAAUAAUCAGUAAGACCAAACAAUCACCUUUUACCACACAGAAGACCAAUAAAACAUGGCCACCAGAUGAGCAUUCCCCCACACUUGCUCCCUAGGAAAGGCAGUUCAGCCCAUCUUUGGGAACACCCCAGAAGCAGAUGUCUAUGUAAUCAGUGUGUGGAAGUCAGAGACAAAGCUGAACAAAAUCUGAAAGCUCUCCUGGUGGCAAAACCAUCUCACAUGGAAAGGGGCAAGCCAAGAUCAUACCACAACUAAGCCAGAUGCCAGAGCUCCUCACCUGCCAACCCUCUACCAGGGCCAAGCCUGGUAUUACAGAGACAUCAGGAGCUGAUGCCCCCCCAGAAGCCACCUGGAUACCUCUCAGGACACCUGACUGCCACUGUUGUUCUUCAACAGUGGGGAGGCAAAGAGUACUUAGUUCCCAAGGAAUGCAAUACUGCCCACACAAAGGAGACAGCCUCAGAGGUGAGGCUGUCAGAUCCAAACAAACACAAGGCUUCCUAUAUAAGGAGCAGCCAAGCAGCAGGCACCACAUCUCCAGGCAUUCCAGGUAGGCUCUCUGCUGUGUGUUUGUAUAUGUGUACUUGUGUAUGCAUAACUGUGUGUCUAAAUUACUCACUACUAGCCAUUCACUUACUUCCUCUGGGCGUCAGUGAGCUCACUGAACAAAGGGGACAGUGAACAACCUAGGUUAGUCUGGCUCUGAGACAAAGCUGGAUAAAGAACAAGUAACUGGGGUGGACACUGCAACCUUCCAGCACAUCAUGCUCUACCUCAACAGUUUAGGAAAGGCAGAGUUCAGCCUUCAGUUCUCCCACCGUUUUAAGAUGGGGACAAGAGAGCCUUGCUUCACUCAGCAGUCCUACCCUUCCUUCUACAAGUUUGCGAGGUUCCAACCUGAGCAAAAUCUAAGACAUGGAGAUGAGGUAUGCUAUCAGACGACCUUCUCUCCCCAGGGCCAUCUCUCCCCACCAUCAAGGCCAUGCCGUCUUCAGGGACCAUCUGCAGUCUGCUACUUCUGAGCGUGCUCUGGAUGGAUGUGGCCAUGACAGGCUCCAGCUUCCUAAGCCCAGAGCACCAGAAAGCCCAGCAGAGAAAGGAAUCCAAGAAGCCACCAGCCAAACUGCAGCCACGAUCUCUGGAAGGCUGGCUCCACCCAGAGGGCAGAGGACAGUCAGAAGGGACAGAGGAGGAACUGGAGAUCAGGUUCAACGCUCCCUUUGACGUUGGUAUCAAGCUGUCAGGAGCUCAGUACCAGCAGCAUGGCCGGGCCCUGGGGAAGUUUCUUCAGGACAUCCUCUGGGAAGAGGUCAAAGAAGCACCAGCUGACAAGUGACUACCAACAGGACUGGUUCACCGUGAUUUCCUCCUGAGCAAGAACUCACAUCCAACCGUAGCCUCCUCAGCAACUCCCCGCACUCUCCCACUGCUGCCUUAAGAAUAAAUGCUCAAGCUGUGUGCCAAAUGUUCAAAACAAUUUUUUUCAUCAACAUGGUAAAGUUCACAUUUUACUUAAAUAUUAUUGAAACAAUGAAAUGAAAAAAUGCUUUAAGUUUAUG